AUGUCCGCGUCGUGCGCCGCUGUCGUGCGUCGCAGCGUGCAGAGCUGCAGGGCCGCCCCUGCGCCGCUGCGGGCGCGCGCGGCGGCCCGCGGCGUGUCGACGCGCUCGAGCGUGCGCGUGAGGGCGGCCGGGGGGGACCUGAAGGCGGAAAUCAAGGAGAGGAACGCGGCCAACCCGGUAGUAGUCUACAGCAAGACGUACUGCCCGUUCUGCACGCGCGUCAAGUCGCUGCUGCAGGAGAUGGGCGUGAAGCCCAUCGUGAUCGAGCUGGACGUGAUCCCGGACGGCGACACCGUGCAGGCCACGCUCGCGGGCGUGAGUGGGAUGCGCACCGUGCCCCAGGUCUUCAUUGGGGGCGAGCUGGUGGGCGGGUGCGACGACACCGUGGCGGCGAAGACGAGCGGCCGGCUCGAAGGGCUCCUCGCGGCCGCCGGAGCGAUCUGA